AUGUCGAUGACCACAAGAAGAAAGCCAGACCCAGAAAUUACUAGAUGGGCUAUUGAAUUUAUACUCAGUCAAUUACAAACCCCAGGCCUCACAAUCACCAAAAUCCUCACCAACCCUCACGUCCCGUUAUCAAACACUAACCCCCGUUUCAAAAAAACCCUUCUUCUCCGGCAACUGGACGCCGAAAUCGAAGAGGGUUCGGUUUCAGAGAAAACCCUUGAUUCAAUAGAGAUGAUUGAAGAAAUUGAUAGGAACGAAGGUGAUUUGAUAAUGGAUUCGAUGAAGAAUGCUUACUGUGCUGUGGCGGUGGAGUGUACGGUGAAGUACAUGCUGGGGAAUUUGCAGAGGGCAAGAAAGGGGAAGUUUUUGGAGGCGGUGGAGAGGGUUUGGAAGGAGAGGGUUGGUGGGUUGGAGAGAGAGGGGAGGAGUGAGUUGGUUACGGAUGAGUUGUUGAAAUGUUGGGAGGAAAUGGAAUUAGCUAUGUGGGAUGAUGGGGUUGCUAAGAGGUGGUUGAAAAGGAAUACGAGGAACGAGGCAGUGGAGACGGUUAGAGUUUAUUUAGGGGAAGCGGUUGCUGUUAGUGGGCCGGCGUUUGCUGAGAUGGUUGCGAGGAUGGACAUAAGAGAGAGAGGUGGUAGUCUGUGUUGGCAGAGAAGGGAUGGUGAAAAUGAGGGUGUUGAAGUAAAUGUUGGUGGUGGGGAGGUGAAUGGGCUUGUGAAGAAAAGUGGGGAGGGAGGGGGUUCUGAAAAUGGGGUGAUGGAAGCUAAUGUGGGUGGCAGACAGGUUUGUAUCGAUGCCGAUGCUGGAGAGGGAUGUUCUAGGUUGGUUGAUGGGAAUCUGGUGUUGGGGGCUGCUGAUAAGCCUGCAAAUGAAAGCAGGGAGGGAGGUAGGGGUGAAAAUGGGGUUAAGGAAGUUAAUGUGGGUAGCAGUAGGGUUUGUACUGAUGUUGAUGCUGGAGAGGGAUGUUCAAGGUUGGCUGAUGUGAAUGCAAAGAAAUGUAGUGAGGCAGGGAGUGGUGAAAGCGGGGCCAUGGAAGUCAAUGUGGGUGGCGGUAGGAUUUGUGUUGAUGUCGAAGCUGGAGAGGCAUGUUUGAGGUUGGAUGACAAGAGUUUGGAGUUGGGGCCUGCUGAUACGCCUGCAAAGAAAAAUGGAGAAAUUCAGAAGAACAAUAUGGUUCGUAAACACAAGCAUGUUGUUCCUAUCAAACGAUCAAAAGGUCCCGUCAAGAUCACAGAUACGGAAAUUGCAGUAGGAGACAUAUCAUCUAGUUUGUAUGACACUAUAACUACAGAUGAAGUGAAUAGAGUGCGUGGAGCACUCAGAGCUAGUUCUGAGGAGCUGCAAGCAAGGGUUAAGGAUCCUCUUCCUGAUGCCUUACAGCUGGCUGGAAAUUUAAUUGCUGAAAUGGCAAGAAAAUUAUCUAAUCAGGGUACUUUAGCCAAGACACAAUGUGGAGAAGGUGUAGAUACUGUUAUUUCUGAACUGGCUAGAAAAAUAAUGAAUCCUGAUCCUUUGGUAAAAAACCAGAAUGGAAAAGAUGCAGGCUCAUCCCUCCUUUCAGCUAAGCCUUCAGCUGAAAAUCAGUCUGGAAAAGAUACCGAUGCAUGCAAUCCUUCAGCCAAUCACACUGUUGAAGCUUCUGUAGAAAACCUGAAUCAAACGGAAGUGGAUGAUGCCAAUCCUUUGACUAAUCAGACUGCCGUAACUUCAGUAAGAAAUGAGAAGGGAAAAGGCAUGGAUGCGCCUAAUCUAUCAGCUAAUCUCAGCAAAGAGAUUAAUCCUGGAACCACAUCCUGCAGACGUCAGAAUAAUGUUUCUAAACCUAGCUUAAUGGAGCGGAAUGCUACUGCACGUACCUUCGAGUGGGACGAUUCAAUAGAUGACUCACCUGAAGGAACUAGAGGUCAGAUGAAAAGAUUUCAUUUGGAUAGCCCUAAGAGAAAGGCCGUCUCUCCAUUGAAGAAACAUGAACUGGCAAGGUUUAUUAAGAGGAGAAAACCUAAGAAGUGGAGUCUGGAGGAGGAAGAUGCCUUGAGGGAGGCUGUAAAGAAGUAUGGUAAAGGAAACUGGAAGCUGAUCUGGAACUCUAGACGUGAUGUGUUUCAAGAGAGAACCGAG